AGAUGUCUUAAAGUGUCAUCCUAGAUUAGCCUGUGCAGUCUGUGAGAUGUUUUAAAGUGUAAUCCUAGAUUAGCAUGUGCAGUCUGUGAGAUGUCUUAAAGUGUAAUCCUAGAUUAGCAUGUGCAGUCUGUGAGAUGUUUUAAAGUGUAAUCCUAGAUUAGCCUGUGCAGUCUGUGAGAUGUCUUAAUGUGUAAUCCUAGAUUAGCAUGUGCAGUCUGUGAGAUGUCUUAAAGUGUAAUUCUAGAUUAGCAUGUGCAGUCUGUGAGAUGUCUUAAAGUGUCAUCCUAGAUUAGCAUGUGCAGUCUGCACAGGCUAAUCAAACACUACAAUUUCCACUUUAUUGCAAUUAUUCAUUUAAAGGAGUCUCUUUAAAUUGAAAUGCAUUCGUGGAAAGUGUUGUCAUUGAUUAGCCUGUGCUCUUCUGUGUCAGGCUAGACGGGGACCACACUUUAUGCCCCAUGUAGUAAGCUCUGUUUUUCAAGAUUGCGGACAUAUGUUAUCAUUUCGUAUAUGUUUUAUAAUACUGGAGGGGAGAUGUUUGUUACAUGCUACUUUAUUGUGAAGGAUUUUAUUAUUGUAAUAUGGAAAUCUGGAAAAUGACUUUUUUUUUUAAGAUUUAGUCUGGAUGUUGGAGUAGGGUUUUGAAUUAUUUUGCAUGAGUGUUAUGGUUUAUCAUUUCUUAUUCUCUUGAUUUAUUGAAAUAGUUAUCUGACUGGAAAUCAAUGUGACUAGCAUGUGUAAUAGAUCUAAAUUAAGAAAAUUGAAAAAUACUUUAUUUUUAUGUCACCCAAUUGUUUUUGCCCUGUCUGUUAGUUGGUUUGUUGGUUUGUUUGCGUCAACCUUUAACAUUGGCCAUAACUUUUGCAAUAUUGAAGAUAGCAACUUGAUAUUUGGCAUGCAUGUGUAUCUCAUGGAGCUGCACAUUUUUAGUGGUAAAAGGUCAUGGUCAAGGUUAUCCUUCAAGGUCAAAGGUCAAAUAUAUGGGGGUGGGACAUAGUGUUUCACAAACACAUCUUGUUUUUAAUUUGUUAUUGUCUAUUUUAAUAAUAACUUAAGUAUUGUGACUGUUUAUAUUCAACAUAUAUGUCCUUCAACAGUGAAUAUUCUAUACUAAAAUUUCAGAUUUACCCAUAUUUUUAUUAAAUCUUUUUAAAACAUGAAACUAACAGACUUGAUCUAUCUGUCUUCUUUCCUUAAUUAAAGUUAGCAUGCAUUUGGAAUGACGCCUGUAGGUGGAGGGUUUCACAUUAUUAAUAUUGAUGAGUUUCCUCUCUUUAUAACUGUCCCAACCUUUAUUGGGACUUAAUGUCUUUUUGUUUCAUAUUCUUUCAAUUUCUGAAUAUUCUAUUACUUCAAACAUUAGUUUACUUAAUGUUUAACAAAAACAAUUGCUAAUGUACUAAAAUGGUAAUUACAUGUGCUUUUUAUAUAAAUUCAAAUACAGCCCUUAUAAAACAAAUCUUUACUCUUAGUUAAUAUCUUUAGAAAUGAUUAUUGCCUUUGUCCCUUAAACAAAGAAUUUUGCUUUUCUUGAAUAUUGAAUGAAAACAAACUAUUUUCUCAUUGUUAUGUUCAAUACUGAUUUCCGGCUAGAUACAGUUGACAGUGUCUAGCUAUAGUCUUUAUCAGUAACUGUCAUGGGCUUGCUAUUUAUAGACUUCCUUGUAAAUGUACACAAUGACUUUCACUAUCUUUAAAUAACCUUAACAUGUAUGUACACAGGUAGUAUUGAAAGUUUAAGAUGGCUGGAGUGUUAAAUAGCAGAAGUUGGUGACAUGUUUUUACAUAUUUGAAUGAUUCUCAGAGAUUUAUUUAUUAAAAUCAGGUUCUGAUUAAGUGGAUUAAAAACUUGAACUCUGUAUUAAGGUGGAAUACGUUUAUAAAACCUACAUUGGAGUACUUGCGUUGCAUUUGAAACAAAAAUGAGAAUUCACUUGUUAAAAAGAAACAUUAAGCUGGUGAUAUUAGUUGCUGCAAUUUUUGUGACCAUGUGUUACUUGGCUGGGAUAUAUGGCCUGAAACCACAGAACAGUCAAUUAAGCGACUAUGAGCUUGUGCCCAUGUAUGGGGGACAUCGUGAAAAUAACGAGAAACCCAGUCCCUUUGACGAUUAUGAUGACCCAUUUUCAUCGUCCCUGAUCACCGAUUUGAAAGUGUACAACAAAGUAAAAGGGAAUAAGUGCCUUGAGCAGAGGGAUUUUGUGUUUAUUAAAACUAUGAAAUGUGCCACGCAAACCAUGGUUCAAAUAUUUCGCAGAUAUGGAUACAGACGUCACUUGAACUUUGUGCUCCCAAGAGGGGGUAAUAUCUACCUCGGAUGGCCGUAUAUACCGGAACUCCAGGAUUACAGACCUUCGAAAAGACCAUUUAAUGCAUUGGCUGAGCAUAGCGUUUAUAAUGAGACCGUGAUGAAAAGCAUAAUGCCGAAAACGACUCAUUAUGUUACUAUUAUACGAAAACCAUUCAGUCAAUUCAAAUCAUCAUUUCAUUAUUUCAAUGUGGCGAAUAUAAGCAGAAUGAAAACAACGAAAGAUGAUAUCUCAGAGUAUUUGCACCAUUUAGACAUGUAUGAAACUUUCUAUAAAACACCCGCAGCUUCUGCGACGCGAUACUGCAUCCCUGAUGAGUUUUCUGUAACGAAGAACUUGCUUUCCCAUUGUUUGGGUAUGCCACUAGGUUUUCCAGCAGGAAGAGAAAAUAUCACUUCUCAAAGUGGUAAGGUAGCGGAGUAUAUUGAGAUGCUUGACCGAAACUUCAUGCUUGUCAUGAUUAUGGAAUAUUUUCACGAAUCCCUUGUGUUACUGAAACGGCUAAUGUGUUGGUCCAUGGAAGACAUAAUGUAUCAUACAGUAAAUGUAGGUCAGUAUUCAUAUAAAGACAAAACGCCUGAUCCCGAAAACCUGAAGAUAUACAAGAACUGGAGUGGAGUCGAUUUUCUUCUCUACGAUCACUUUAAUCAGUCUUUCUGGAAGAAGGUGAAACACCAGGGUGAUGAUUUCUUUGAUGAAGUAAAGACUUUCAAUGACAUUCACACUCGAGUUUCAAAAUAUUGCUCAAAUCUAGAGGAGGGUGAAAAUUCUAUGACGAUAUUGGCGACGGCUUUUAGCGACCAUUUUGUUGUGACUAAAGAAUACUGUGUGAUGUUAGGUGUGGACCUUUUGACGUUUUUGAAAACCCGAAUGGAGCGAGAGGAGGGCUGGGUAAACCAGGACACUGGAAACAAAGGGCCAAAAAGGGGCUGCUGAACAUGUUAGAUUUGUUUGAAUGUAUUUCUGCUAAAGUAAAAUAUGUUUGUGAAACUUGUAAACAUAUUCAAUAAUUUAAAAACUGAAUUAAACUAUCUAUGAAUUAGCCUGUAACAGAGUAAGAAGAUUACAGUUAAAUAUAUGAGUAUUGUUAUGGAAUAAAUGUAUUUUGCACGAUUCGUCAAUUAAAACAAUGCCUAUAUGCUAUUUGCAUAAAAUAAAA